GCGCGAGGCCGCGCGCUCCCGCGGGUAGCGCCUCUGCCGUAGCGCUUCUCCCGCGCCGCUCCUGCUGCGCCAUGCUGGCCGCCGCCUGGCUGGGCAGGGGCUCCUGGGGGCUCCUCCGCGCCGCGGCGCGGAGGCGGCCGAGCGGCGGAGCGAGGCCUCUGGGCGGCCGGCCCGGCUCGGCGGCGGCGGGAAGCGAGGGGCGGCGCGGCGGGGGCGUCUCGUGCGUGCCCGCCUGCGCGGGGCUCCCGCGGCUGCUGCGCGCGCCCGCCGGCGCCUGGCGCCUCCUGAGCGGCGGGGCCGCCCCGCCCGAGCCCCGGCGGGAGCGCGGCGCGGCGGGACCCUACGCCGAGCUGUAUGAAAACCCCUGGACCAUCCCAAAUAUCCUGUCCAUGGCGAGAAUGGGUCUGGCGCCAGUUUUGGGCUAUUUGAUUGUUGAAGAGAAUUUCAACGUUGCCCUCGGUGUGUUUGUCCUGGCUGGCGUGACAGACCUGUUGGACGGAUUUAUUGCACGGAACUGGGCUAAUCAGAAAUCAGCACUGGGAAGUGCUCUCGAUCCCCUGGCGGAUAAAAUCCUCAUCAGUGUGCUCUAUGUGAGCCUAACUUGUGCAAAUCUUAUCCCAGUUCCCCUGACUUCCAUGAUCAUCCUGCGGGAUGCGGCGCUCAUUGCCGCCGUCUUUUACGUGCGAUACAAAACUCUUUCUCCACCGAGAACACUGAGUAGGUAUUUUAACCCCUGUUAUGCUACUGCACAAUUAAAACCAACAUUCAUCAGCAAGAUGAACACAGCAGUUCAGCUGAUUUUGGUGGCAGCUUCUUUAGCAGCACCUGUUUUCAAUUAUGUGGACAGCAUAUAUCUGCAGACAUUAUGGUGCAUCACAGCUUUCACAACAGUGACAUCUGCCUACAGCUAUUACCACUAUGGCAGGAAAACUGUCCAGGUGAUCAAGAACAAGUGAAGUGGUCCAGGUGAUCAAAGGUGAAGUGUUCCUGGAAAGUCAGGAAGGUGCUGUGCCCCCAGAGGUGGUGGUAUUGCAGCUGAGUUUUGGAUCAAAGCACUCUUUGUUUUUCUGCUUAAACCAUGGCAUCACAAUGAAGUGAAAUUUGAACACGUACUGUGUAUAUAUGUAGAGACAGACUUUUUGAUGUAUUUUUAAUUUCUUGAAAAAUGAGGUUGUUUACAAAAACAAAUAAAUAAUUAGUAAAAACACAGGUUACUUGCUGCUGCCAUGUGCAUUUUGAGUAAUUUUAUGCUGGUUUUGAAGUCAAGACGUACACUUGGCACCAGAUUUGUUUUGCCAUAUUCAUGCAAGGCACUGAGUACACUGGGAUCUGAGAAGAAAAAGCAAUUACCAGAACAAGUUUGUACCUCAGCCUGUCAGUAAACCAGCAUUGCUCAUUAGGACCUAAUGACUCGCCUCAGGCUGCAGCAGAAGGAAGCCUGUCAUCGAGGGACAGUGUCUUCAGAAACUUAAAGCAGAGAGAAAUUUUGCUUUAUAUUCCACAGGUGAUGCUGAUAAGGCAUGAAGAGUUCCUACCCUGCUCCCUUUUCUUUUUAAAGAUGAACAAUGAUGAACUGUACUCAGGGUUUUUGAGUAAGGUCAGCGGUGCUGUGAGGAGUCUGUACCCAAAUGGAGUUGUUUCUCAUCCUAUGUAUUCAUUUCUAGUGAUUGAAAGAAGUUCCUGUAUCUCCAGAUGCUUUAAAUCUCCUAAAGAUGUUGUUUAAUCCCAAUACCACUGGCUGAAGAGAACGUUUAAAAUACUGUCCAAAUGAAUGGAGACAGUGGAAGAAAUUUUAGAUGUGUUUGCUGUUAUUUCUUCCUGUACUUCCAGCUUCAAGAUGUCCUCUGUGCUCCCCCUCAUGCAAGGACAACUUGUUCUUUGCCUGUUCUCUACCGAAGAAAGAGCAAGGCAGAACAGGUCAAGUUGAUCAUAAACUCAUAUUUUCUCUUUGUGAACAACAUGAUUUUUCUUUUAUGUCAUAAAAAAGUACAACUAUGAAGGGUUUCAAUGUCUGAAAUCAGGAGGUAAAUAAUACCACUGUAUUAUUGUUGUAUUAGCAAAGAAAAUUUUCUGUAGGAGAGCACACCGUCUCUUUUGUGACAGUGUGUUUGUAUAGAUGAAGUAUUUUAAUGCUUUCUUUAUAUUGAAACUUAUAUAAAAUGGUGCACAGAGAAAACA